AUGGACUAUAAAAAGUUGGCCAGCGAUACCGAGCCGAUUUACUCUCAAACCGCGACAGUAAUCAAAGGAUUUGAAAAUAAUGAUCCACCUCCAACUUACAAGAAGAUAAACACUCCGAAAGUGGAUGGAAACACAAGAUGGAGAAGAUUUUUGGCUAGUAAGUUAAACUCUUUUGCAUUUUUUGGAGUUUAGAGGGCACUAACGGCUGGUUUCAUGUCUCUUUGACCUGGCCUCCUAGUUUGCAGAAACGACUGAUAUCUUCAUGUAGAAAGAUGUAAAAAUGCUUCACUUUUCUUGCGUAUUUUAGCAUGAAAAGUCUAAUAGCUAUUUCAGAGGUUAACGUCUCCAUAAAAAAACGAUUUUUCCAGGAAAAACUGGCAAGGAACAGCCAAAACAGCGUUUUUCUCAGACCACUCUCCGCGUUUCGUUUACUCUCUUGGCGGCGACCAGAGUCUGUCCAAAAUUUAAAGGAAAUCCGAACGUUGUUAUUGAGCUACUUCCCUUGCAAAAACUUCAAUUUCUUCUGAAAGCAAAAAGAAAGGAAAUUCAACAAAAUAUUACAAGGAAAGUACUUCUAUAGGGUAUGGAGAUACAGUAACUGCCCAAUUUUGGUUUGAAACUUUGAUUAAUACUACACCUUAAUCGCAGUUCCAAUGUAAAGAGGGGCAUUUACGGCGUUCCAUUGUCAGCUAUGAAAAUUAGAGCUUUUUCUUUGUCUCGAAUUUUUACUGUAGUCUAACGAACGGGUAUAACAUAUUUGGUAUUAAACAAAAUGGGGUUGUCUAUGGAUUCAGAAAAAAAAGAAUUUUAACAUUUGCUCAAAAACUAAAAAAGUUAUGGCCAAUUAAAAUUCGGCCGAAAAAUUGCCGCACCCUGUAGUAUUUUCAUAAAGUGUGUGGAAAAAUUGUCCCUUUUUCUCACAGUGCAUUUUGAACGUUUUUCCCCGCUUGAUGGGGGUUUUUGUGCACAAUGCCGUGGGCCGUGAUGACUAUGCACUUUAUUUAAAUCUAUCAGUCUUUCGGGAAAAUAAUGAGCUGAACGUCGCUGAAUUGAAAAGCAAUUUCAUUUUGCCGCGACACAUUUCAUUUUCUCUACCGCGAUACGAUUUUCGAUGCGACAAAUCCCCAUUAUUUUCUCGACAGACUGAUAUCUACUAAUGCUGUUACACGAACGCUUCCUUUGUCGAAACAACUAGAUUUACAAAUCACUAAAAAUUUGCUUUUUCAGCCAAAGUAACCGUCAGACAUGUGCUUCUCGCACUCCUGAUCUACUGGUCUUUCUGUUACAUCGACAAUUGUGCUGGGAUCACCAGCGGCAUUAAGCGAGCGAUUCAAUACAUCGGCUACAACUUGAGUGCAAAAAUUGGAGAGCUCUUCAACGACGAUGACAAAAUCAACACUUUCAGUAAAUGGUCUACUAGAGUGAGUUUACAGUGCUUUGGAAACGGGGCAAAAUUUAGUAUUUUACAGUGUAAAUGGUAAUUGAGUAAUUUUAGGAACACGGAAUAGUCUUUGAAGAAGAAAGACGCCCGGUCAUACAUGGCGAAGGACCACUUCCUUGA